AUGGGAAGGAAGUGGAACAACAGGGUGAUAGGGUUUGGGAGGAGAAGGGAAAGUAUAUGUGGAGAGAAAGGUGGCAAGUUUGUGAUAUACACGAGCGAUCAAACUCGGUUUGUGAUGCCCAUAGAGUACCUUUGCCACGGCGUCUUCCGAGAGCUGUUGGAGCAGUCUCAAGCCAAAUAUGGCGACUCUGUUAAGGGCCCCAUAACGCUGCCUUGUGAUGCAGUGUUCAUGCAGCACGUCAUCCUUCUCAUCCAAAUAGACCUCCUCAUUAUCGAGCCUUUACACGCAACUUCACUCGCUACUACCAUACCCACGCCCUGCUCUCUUCCUUCUCAUAACCAUCUUUAA